AUCCAUCUCGCGCCAUUAUCUCACACUGGGCUUCUUCUGGUAGUGAGUGGAAACGCGACCCGGAUUCUUCACAUUUACACAUCCGGUGAAAUAUCUGGCUCGUUGUAUCUGUGGUCGAGACGCUGAAUCGCUUCCCGUCUGUAUUAGUGACGGACAGAUGCUGACGAAAUACUGCCGGUACUCUUUUGACAUUUUAGUCUUGCUGCACUAAAUUUGACUUCGAGGCGUUGGCAUCUAUACUUCAACAGCCUAUUUAUUCUACACUUCACCCAGUAACAAUUACUUAUUUUGAGGGCAUUUUCGAUCCAAUAAUGGCAAAUUCCGUUGCCUUUCACACUCAGCUGGCCUCCAUCAUGGAGGUUUUAGCUAACGCGGCCGUGGCUGAAAUCUGCGAGCUUGUUGACAAUGGCUAUGCGGUCCUGCAUUUGGAGAUAUCUCAAGGGCAGAAGGAGAAUGAAGCGUUGAGGAGAAAACUACGGAUGAUGGAGCUGAAAGUGUCUCGUGCGAGUGCCAUGAGAGCGGGAAUGGGAAGCUCAAUCCUCGCGCACAGUCGCUUUCGAACUCACGUUGGCAUGGAAUCGAGAAGGACAUCAAGCAGUGAGGUACAUUGUCGGAGAGGAGUUGAUUCCCAGUUGGUCACCAGCCUGUUUAGGGACGGAAAGUCCCCUGGUGACACUGGACAGACUACCACACAGAGAAAGCCUGCUGCGUUGGAUGAGAUAAAGCCCAAAUCACCUACCAUCAAAGAGGAGAGGCGGGAAGAAGCCUGGGACAAUCAUGACCAACGAGAGAGAUUGAGUACCGGAGCUUUAAAUCACAGUGUUGAUGGAGGAGAAAGGCAUUCCAACAUCGUCACAGAGGCCACACAACCAAUCAGCAAACAGGAGAAUGCCAGCUCUUGUAAAUGGGUGAGUGGCGAAACCGACAACAAUGAAAACCUGAGUGUGAACAAAAGAUCUCAAACCCCAGCAUUGGAAGAUGGUGAUGGAAUACUUGACCAUGCAGGCUUUGAUUGUAUGAUGUUUGAGCCCCCCAGACAACUUGGGACCCUUAGCACCCAGGGUCCUGGGGCUGAUCUUCCUGAGUGCUCUUACUCUCAUGUGGAUGUUGUACCUCUUAAUUCUGAUUCAGAGAAUAGUUUUCCCUUUUCGAUGAACAAGGUGAGUCGCUCCAUAACUGAGUACAAACAACCUGUAACUUACAGAGACAAUAGACAGAGGGUGCCGUUGCCCUCAGAUGAGCCUCACAUGACUGUGCGAAAAGGCAUGGAGACUGGAUCCAAUGCCUUGGUAAUGACGGAUGGUUGGGUCUCCCAUGACAGUCAUAAUAACGACGCUGUGAAUUACAACCAAGACGGCACAGCAGGUAACCGGUUCAUUUGUAGUUUCUGUGGUAAGACUUUGGCGUGUCUGAAGAACCUCAAGACACACCUUAGGGUUCACACCGGGGAGAAGCCGUUCAGCUGCAUGCAGUGCGGGAAGCGCUUCUCCGACUCCAGCAACCUCAAGCGACACCAGAGCGUACACACGGGGGAGAGACGCUACGGCUGCAGCCACUGCGGCAAGCGCUUCGCCCAGUCGGGGCACCUCAAAGUGCACCUUAGCGUACACACAGGAUGCAAGCAGUUCCGAUGCCCACAGUGUGAAAAGACUUUCAUAUCGGCCAAUCACCUCAAGAGACACAUCAGUGUCCACGAUGGAGAAGAAAGUAUUUUACCAACCACUUUUCAGUGAGUGAAAGUAAGUCCCUCUGGAUAAGAGCGUCUGCUAAAUGACUUAAAUGUAAAUGUAAUACCCAAACGUUCUCCAGCCCAGCUUGAACAAAAAAAAUGAAUUGGGGGCUCGACUGAAGGAGUUGAUCAUCCAAAAAGUAUUCCAUACACUUUUGAAUGAGUGUUUUUGUAACUCUUAUCAUUGAAGUUGUUUAUCACUCAUCCUCAGCCCACUGUGUGAAAAUCGGUUUGCGGACUCGAGGUGUCUCAGACAAAACUGUUCACACAGGAGAAAGACCCUCUAUCUGCGUACAGUCUGGGUGAGGAGCUUACUGUGAAACACAACCUUACACUUCACCUAUAGAGAAACCAUUCUGGUUGCUCAAGUGCUGGUGAUGUAUUGUCACUGAGUGUACCAGGAACACGAUCAUGAAUAAUUCUACUUUAACAUUUUGACUGAACACAUUUUUGUCUGUAGACUAUUUGUCAUUCACAGUUUAGGAGUAGUCUUAUAACGAAACAAAAACAAUGGAAUCAACAAAUAAUUUGUGUACGUCCAUUAAUAUUAAUAUUUCAAGUGCUUCAAGCAAUAUGAAAUGUGCAGUACAAACAGUUACAACUAUUGUUAAUGUAAGAAAUGCUACCUCUUUAGGAAAAACACUCCUCCAAUCACUAGUCAAAUGCUAUCUCGCAAAGGCUCAUUUAUGACAUUUUUGUAAUAAGUAUUCUGUUGCACACAUGAUUGUUUUUUAGAAUUACCCUUGAAAAUUGAUGUUUUUGUGAAAUAAACAAUUAAGAAAAAGGC